AUGAAUAACUCAACAGGCUGUUUGGCCCAUGCAACUGUUUGCAAUGGGACAUCUUGUGUGGUCCAGGCCAGCAAUUCCAAUUCUAUUCUCAGUGUGGUCAUGAGCACCGUGCUGACCAUCCUGCUGGCCUUGGUGAUGUUCUCCAUGGGAUGCAAUGUCGAAUUCCCGAAAUUCCUGGGGCACAUCAAGCGGCCGUGGGGCAUCUUUGUCGGCAUCCUCUGUCAGUUUGGAAUCAUGCCCCUCACGGGAUUUGUCCUGUCGGUGGCCUUUAACAUCCUCCCUGUCCAGGCUGUGGUGGUCCUCAUCAUGGGCUGCUGCCCUGGGGGGACUGCCUCCAAUAUCCUGGCCUACUGGGCAGAUGGUGACAUGGACCUCAGUGUCAGCAUGACCACGUGUUCCACACUGCUCGCCCUGGGAAUGAUGCCACUGUGCCUUCUUAUCUACACCAAAAUGUGGGUCGACUCUGGGUCCAUCAUAAUCCCCUACGACAGCAUAGGUAUUUCUUUGGUUGCUCUGGUUAUUCCUGUUUCCUUUGGAAUGUUGGUGAAUCACAAAUGGCCCCAAAAAGCGAAGAUCAUACUUAAAAUUGGGUCUAUCGCAGGUGCAAUCCUCAUCGUGCUCAUAGCUGUGGUUGGAGGGAUAUUGUACCAGAGUGCCUGGAUCAUCACUCCCAACCUAUGGAUUAUAGGGACACUAUUUCCUGUGGCUGGUUAUAGCCUGGGGUUUCUUCUGGCCAGAAUAGCUGGUCAGCCCUGGUUCAGGUGCCGGACGGUCGCUUUUGAGACGGGGAUGCAGAACGCCCAGCUGUGCUCCACCAUCGUCCAGCUGUCCUUCUCGCAGGAGGACCUCAACCUCGUGUUCACCUUCCCGCUCAUCUACAGCAUUUUCCAGCUCGUCUUUGCAGGAAUAUUCUUGGGAUUUUAUUUAAUAUACAAGAAAUAUUCUGGGAAAAAGAAGGCAGACUUUCCAGAGAGCUAA